UCACAGCCAUUGCAGUACAUUGAGCUCCAUAGAGACAGCGCCGGGGCAAGCGCGAGCCGGACGGGCACUGGGCGACUCUGUGCCUCGUGGAGGAAAAUCAACUAAACAUGGGCAAAGGAGAUCCUAAGAAGCCGAGAGGCAAAAUGUCCUCAUAUGCAUUCUUUGUGCAAACUUGCCGGGAGGAGCACAAGAAGAAGCACCUGGAUGCUUCUGUCAACUUCUCAGAGUUCUCCAAGAAGUGCUCAGAGAGGUGGAAGACCAUGUCUGCUAAAGAAAAGGGGAAAUUUGAAGAUAUGGCAAAGGCUGACAAGGCUCGUUAUGAAAGAGAAAUGAAAACCUACAUCCCCCCCAAAGGGGAGACCAAAAAGAAGUUCAAGGACCCCAAUGCACCCAAGAGGCCUCCUUCGGCCUUCUUCUUGUUCUGUUCUGAGUACCGCCCCAAAAUCAAAGGCGAGCAUCCUGGCUUAUCCAUUGGUGAUAUUGCAAAGAAACUAGGAGAGAUGUGGAACAACACUGCAGCAGAUGACAAGCAGCCCUAUGAGAAGAAAGCUGCCAANCUGAAGGAGAAGUACGAGAAGGAUAUUGCUGCCUACAGAGCUAAAGGAAAACCUGAUGCAGCAAAAAAGGGGGUGGUCAAGGCUGAAAAGAGCAAGAAAAAGAAGAAAGAGGAAGAUGAUGAGGAGGAUGAAGAAGAUGAGGAAGAGGAAGAAGAAGAGGAGGAUGAAGAUGAGGAAGAAGAAGAUGCUGAUGAAUAAGUUGGUUCUAGCACAGUUUUUUUCCUUGUCUAUAAAGCAUUUAACCCCCCUGUACACAACUCACUCCUUUUAAAGAAAAUUGAAAUGUAAGGCUGUGUAAGAUUUGUUUUUAAACUGUACAGUGUCUUUUUUUUGUAUAGUUAACACACUACCGAAUGUGUCUUUAGAUAGCCCUGUCCUGGUGGUAUUUUCAAUAGCCACUAACCUUGCCUGGUACGGUCUGGGGGUUGUAAAUUGGCAUGGAAAUUUAAAGCAGGUUCUUGUUGGUGCACAGCACAAAUUAGUUAUAUAUGGGGACAGUAGUUUGGUUUUUUUUUUUCCCCCCUUUGGUUUUAUUUUUGGGUUUUAUUUUUUUCAUCUUCAGUUGUCUCUGAUGCAGCUUAUACGAAGAUAAUUGUUGUUCUGUUAAUUGAAUACCACUCUGUAAUUGCAAAAAAAAAAAUUGCGGCUGUUUUGUUGACAUUCUGAAUGCUUCUAAGUAAAUACAAUUUUUUUUAUUAA